AUGAAUCAAAACGACUUCCACCACUUCCCGACAUUACUGCAGCUGCUCGCCGGCAGCGGUGACGACAGACUCUGCGCCGGCCUCAGCUUCUGCACUCUGCUCUCCUAUGGCUCCUCCUCCGAUCCCGCGGCGGAGGCCCGAGAUCCGCCGCUCAAGCCGCCGAAGGCCGGAGUGCCGUACGAUUUCUUCCCCGACACGACGCCGCCCCCAUAUUCCAGCCAGCUGUCGAGCCUCCUGUCCCCCGAGCAGCCCCACAAGAAACCCCCAAUUCAAAACCUUAGAUCCGAAAUGGUGUCGUACAAGAAGCCGCGGUGCCAGCGAGCGAGAGGACGCGGCGCCUGCAGAAGCUCCUGCCGUGGGACAAGAAGAUGGACAUGGCGACCGAUUCUCGAGGAGCAUAAGUACAUCAGGUUCCUCCGGGCGCAGAUUCGUCGAUUACGGCGCGGCGACGGCGGAGAGUGUCGCCGCCGUCAAGGAUCUGGGGAGGUUGAACCAACAGCACUGGUGCUGAGCUCGCCGGUGGCUCAGGCGCAGCUGUACACCAAGGGCUGCGUGUACUCGUCGGAGCAAAUGGUGUGGCUGAGGAAGAAGGCCGAGGGGGAGGCUCUGCACCGUGAAAUGAUGUUGGGUUUGGCUGGUCAGCACUCUAAUUCCUUCCAUUGA